CGGCCUCUCCACCCUCACGCGCCUGCACAAGCUUGUCCUCGGGGACCUAGGCAGAGUGGUCGGGGAGCUACCCUAUCAACUCAGCUUCCUCACUCAGCUCACCCACCUGGACUUGUCUUACAACUAUUUCUCCGACUUCCCCACCUGGAUUGUUGACCUCACACGCCUUGAGUACAU